AAAGGCUUCAUUAUAAGUAGUCAUUCCUCCUGUGUUAGCUUUGUGCCACAAUCCUCGGUACCUUUUGUUUCCAGAGGAACGCCUAGAUAGCAAGCAAACCAUGCUUCCACAAACACUCUUUUCCACUUUCCUUCUCCUGAAUACAUAUUUCUUCCAAUUUGCAAUCGCCCAAACUUGCCCCCCUCCUCCAACAUGCCCUCCACUCUCACCACCACCACGCCCUACUAGAACCGUUACCUAUGUUCGUCCCCGUCCUCCGCUAUACAAUCCUUCACUUCGUCUCCUGCCUCGCCAACCAAAUAGCAAUCCAGGACCCCUAGCCAAUAGAGCCAGGAUUCUUUCCAUUACCCAGGAACUGAAAAGAAACAUUACCUAUGACCCGCAAAACUACACCGGCACUUGGGUUGGCAACAAUUACUGCCUCUUCAAAGGUUACAUUUGUGACACUGUGCCUGACAGGAACAUAACUGGACUAGCAGGUAUUGAUUUCAAUGGCGCACGGUUUGGAGGUAACUUGAACUUUUAUCGUUUCAUUACAAAUUUGCCUGACCUUGCUAUAUUCCAUGCCAAUUCAAACAAUUUUAGCGGGGUCAUCAACCAAGGCCUCAAUGGGUUACGUUACUUCUAUGAAAUCGACUUGAGUAACAACAAAUUCAUGGGAGGAUUCCCGUCCAACGUUCUUGGUGCCACAAACUUAACCUUUGUCGAUCUUCGUUUCAAUAAGUAUCUGGGUCCUGUCCCUCGUAGUUUGUUCAAUUUCGACACUGAUGUUCUUUUCAUUAACAACAAUGUGUUUUCUCGAAUAAUCCCUCCCAAUUUUGGCAACACACCAGCACUCUAUCUCACCUUAGCAAACAACAACUUCACGGGUACCAUCCCACGAAGCAUAGGGGCUGCCUGGGAAACCAUGACUGAGGUACUCUUCUUAGGCAACAAGUUAUCCGGUUGCCUGCCUUUUGAAAUUGGGUACUUAAACAGAACGACUGUGUUCGAUGUUGGAUCCAACCGGUUAACAGGUCCCAUUCCGCAGUCAUUCGGUUGCAUGGCAAGGCUGCAGCUGCUUAACAUGGCUCAUAACAAAUUCUACGGGCCAAUACCAGAGGUUCUAUGUAGGCUUCCAAGGGCAUUCAAUUUCACGCUGUCAAAUAAUUACUUCACCCAAGUAGGUCCACAAUGCAGGAGACUAAUCAGGUUAAGGAGGCUUAACGUGAAUAGGAAUUGCAUAAUGGGGCUUCCAAAUCAAAGAUCAACAGCUGACUGUGGAAGGUUCUUUGCAAGACCUAGGACCUGCGCAAGGGAGAGCACGUUCAGCGUCAUUCCAUGUAGGCUACCGGCGGCUUCAUUGAGAACCCGAACCGUUUCUCAAGAAGAUGAAGUUCCGCCAGCUCCACGAAGCUAUAAUGCGCUUGUGAAGCCGCCACAUUAAAGAAAUCUGGACAGUCCAAAGUCACUUUGGUGGGAUGCAUGUGCUUUGUUUGGACUCGGAAUAAGAUUCGUUAGUACGAUAAUGCUGGUACUUUAUAUAUAUGUUUGUACUUUGUAUUAGUAUGUAUUAAUUGAUAGCAUCUGGUUUGGAAAUGUGGUUAAUUUGAGGGAAUUAAGAUAGCAGGGAAACUGAUCUUCUCUGUCAUUGUCUUUGUUUUUCUUUCCCCCGUCUGUUGAAAGUGACGUUUGUAAUUAACUAAAGGAGUUUGACGUUUCAUGGAUGUUGAAAUGCAGUGCAUUUCUUUUAA